CUCUCCUCCCCACUGCAGCUCCCUCCACCGACGGCAGGUCCACUGGAUGGUGGAGACGUUUCUCCUUUUUGACACACAGCGGGAUCGGUGGCCGGUCCGCACAACGGGACGCGAAACGGACAUACUCCAAAUAUCACCCGUCCACGUCGAGCCGUGUCGAGAUGCUGCACUGAGGAGAAAACAGCGCAAGCUCCCCGGUUGUGUUCAUCCUGAGGCUGCAGUGAACGGAGGGGGGAUUGCGGUACAACAAGGUUAAUAAUCAGCGUCAAUAAAGGUCUUCUCUGUGAGCGGGGACCGACUUCAGAGGGUGAAUCUCGCCCCUGUGCGGGGGGAACGGCGGAGAAAUAUAGAUCUGUAAAAAAUUAUGGCCACCCUACUGCGGAAGAUCGGUCUGAUCCGCCUGCACGACCGAGACACGGAGGACCCAAAGCACCAUCAGGGCUCGCUAAAGGGCACCAAGGGGAACCAGAAAAAUAACGCCAACAAACACUGUCAAACCGCCAACGAAACCAACAUCCUGAGCACCCCGGAGAUUAAGGCGAGGAAGCUGGACCAACUCGGCAAGGACAAGCCGUCCGGCAAGGAUAAGCAAGGCAGGGAUGCCAAGGAGAAGCAGCAGACGGGUGGAGGCGGGAGUAAAGCGACCAGUGCCUCCUCGAUACCACCGCUGGCGCCUCACCGGCAACACUGCACCCAGGUCCGGACGCGGAGGCUGAUGAAGGAGCUACAGGAGAUCAGGAGGUUAGGGGACAACUUCAUCACGGUGGAGCUGGUGGAGGACAACCUGUAUGACUGGAACGUCAAGCUGCACCAGGUGGACAAGGACUCGGCGCUGUGGCAGGACAUGAAGGAGACCAGCACCGAGUUCAUACUGCUCAAUGUCACCUUUCCAGAUAAUUUCCCCUUCUCGCCGCCGUUCAUGCGGGUCCUGACGCCCCGGCUGGAGAACGGCUACGUGCUGGACGGCGGGGCCAUAUGCAUGGAGCUGUUGACCCCCCGCGGAUGGUCCAGCGCCUACACGGUGGAGGCGGUCAUGAGGCAGUUUGCGGCCAGCCUCGUAAAAGGACAGGGGCGUAUAUGUAGGAAAUCAGGGAAGUCCAAGAAAGCUUUCAGCCGUAAGGAAGCCGAGGCCACCUUCAAGUCCCUGGUGAAGACCCACGAGAAGUACGGCUGGGUGUCCCCGCCCGUGUCCGACGGCUGAGCGCCCAGCCGCCGACCCCCCGACCCCAGCGCUAGCCGGACAAACCCCGGGUAGCCCCGACACGCAAAACGACACACCACGCUAACUCAACAAUCUCUCAACUUCACCUUUUUGCUGUUUCACUCAACAGUCUUUUUUGUUUCGUUUCGUUUUUUGUGUGACUGUGCUGUCAUUUUUUUGUCCCCAUCUCCACCAAAACGCUCCGAGAGCAGACACGCCGCCGCCAUCCUCCAACAAGAAGAGACUUUCAUUCCCCUCCCUCUCGCCCAGGGAGGUUCUUUCCCCCAUUUCGGAAAGACCUGAGAGGGAGGUGUGUGUGUGUGUGUAUUAUGUGUGUGUGUGUGUUUGUCGCUCCAUCGGACAUCACCUGGGAGUGUGUGCACGUGCAUCGGAGUGUGCGUCGCUGGUGGAUUCUUCUUUUUUUUUUUUUCUCAUCGCGCACACCCGUGCACGUGCAGUCGGAUAAAUCGGACAGUGUGGACUUCUCCGCCCACGUGAAAGACUACUGAACGAGGGAGACUCAUCCCCCCCUCCUGCCCUCGCCAUCCCCCUCCCCUCCUCUCUCUCCGCCCCUCGCUCCCUUCUUCUCUGUAGCACUGAACUGGCGUCACUUCCCACCGUCUCUCUCUCUGUUGCUGUCGGGUCAUUUACAUAUAAAUGAAGCUGUUAAUGUUUAAUAGACGGGCAGCGCACUGGCGUUUAUACUCACUCAUCCACUCCUUCAUUUCCCCUUUCUUUUUCGACUGUGCCGUUGCUCACAGUUCAAUGCAACAUGAAGAUUGUAAUUUACAUGGAGCUGUGCUCUCUCUCUCUCUUUAUCUAUCUAUCUAUCUAUCUUUCUUUAGCUCGCUCGCUCACUUUGUUUCUCUUCCCUUCUCUCCGUCUCUUGUGGCUAAAUUUAGAGCUCACUGUUGCGUAGAUGGAUAUUGAUUUCUAAUGGAGAGAUAAAACGUCACAUGUUGCUUUAUGCAGAGACUAUGUAUGAUAAAUAGAAUGACAGUCAAUCACCUCUCUUUCUUUCUCUCUCUACUCUCAUGUUAUCCUGUGUGUGAGUGUGUGUGUGUGUGUAAGAGAGGAAGAAGACUGUAACUCCCAUGAUUUAGAUACCAGAUGGUACAGCUGAAGGCCAGGCCUCAGUAUGUGUGUGUAUGUGUGUGUGUGUGAGAGAGAGAGCAAGGGAGACGACCCUUUAAACAGAGAAGAAUAUGAUUUACUGUGAACGACACUGAGGCCUAAAGG